AUAAAAUAAAUGAUAAGGUAUUGGAAGAUAAACUGCUGGAGCAAAAUUGUAUUGCGACCGAUAUUAGUAGUUACAAAGCCGGCGAACAAUAGGAAGGGUGUUAUAAACGUGUGUCCAUAAUGUGGAAACCAUUUUUUUUUCUUUUUUGCGUGACUUUUCUGCACUUCGUUUCAACGACUGAAAAAGCAUUGCAUUUGGAAGGGCGUAUUGUAAACGGUGAUAAAGCUUACAGUGGACAAUUUCCAUACCAGGUUUCAAUAAGGCAUACAGAUUCUUCUCUGAGAGGACAUUUUUGUGGAGGUAUAAUAAUUGGAGACGAAUGGAUUUUGACGGCCGCUCAUUGUAUAGCAAAUAAUGGCGAACGUAUGUUUGCGGUAGCUGGAGAUGUGAAUUUGGCAAAGGGAAUAACAAGAGAAGCUUCAAACUUUCAUAAACAUCCAAACUAUGAAGCAGGACUUAUACGUAAUGAUGUUGCUCUUUUAAAGCUUAAUCAACCAUUUCUUUUCAAUGAAUAUAUCAAUCAAAUAGAGUUGAAUCGAUCUCCAGAUUCCAUUAAGCCAAAUACAACUUGUACUGUUGCUGGAUGGGGUGCUAAGCAUUACGGUUCAGGAGUGGAAGAAUCAUUAUCAUAUGUAAAUGUUCCACUAUGGGAUACGAAAGAGUGUAGGGCUGAAUUGCAAAGUCCUCAUUUUGAUGUCGAUUUAAAAAGUAAUAUAUGUGCAGGAUACCGUGAAGGUGGAAAAGAUUCUUGUCAGGGUGAUUCUGGAGGUGGCUUGCUGUGCGGUCAUACUGUAGCCGGUAUUGUUUCCAAAGGUCACCUUUGUGCUGCGCGAAUGUUACCUGGAGUAUAUACGAAUGUUGAACAUUUUGUGCCAUGGAUAGAAAAAAUAAUUAAAAAAAAUAGUACUCCGCCUAAUGAAAAACAUGUUGGGUUUUUCGAAUGGUUGUCUCACCAGAUAAAAGUUUAUCUAAGAUCCAUUACAGAAUUUGUUCUAAGUGCUGUGGAACUGCAAAGAGUAAUUAGUUCACCUGAUAUCAACGAUUCUCAUAAAUAUACAGUAUCUAUCCAAAAAAAAAUCAAUGAAUGGGAAAUCUAUCAACACGUUUGUAGUGGUGCAAUAAUUGAUGACUUUUUUAUCAUAACUGCAGCCCAGUGCUUUGUAACUGACGACGAUGAAGUAUAUGUUGAUGUAGCUGAAUGGAGGGUGGUUGCUGGGACGUAUGACCUAAAUCUUUCAAGUAAAAUCAAAUAUAUCAAAGCUAUCAUGAUAAAGAAAAAUUAUCCCAAAAAAACAGAAAAUGACAUAGCCAUAAUUGAACUAACGAAUAGUUUUCAAGUAGCCAAAAAUAAUUUAACAAAAAUUGCAUUACCUGAAGAAGAUAAAAAAGAAUACACAAAUAGUCAAGCAGUAGCCAGUGGCUUUGGAGUUUCCAAGUCAGAUGAGACUACAUCUUUGGAAAGAAAUUACUUAAAUGUUAAAGUUUAUGCGUCCCCUAGAUGUACUUCAGAAAAAUUAAUAUGUGCUCGUGGCAUCGAUGCCACUAGUAAAAAUGCUUAUCAUCUACGCAAGGGUGACAUUGGUGGACCUUUAGUAUUUGAUAAUUCAUUGAUCGGUAUCUACAUUAAUGGUCUUCCUUCACUGACAACUUCAAAACUUCAAACAGAAGUAUUUGUUAAAGUAUCAAAAUUUUUAGAUUUUAUUCAUAAAGCUAUGUGCAUUAAGAGCAAUGAAACUGGAAUUGUGAAGAUAGGAAAAGAUUAUUCCGAAACUUUGAAAUCAUGCUAUUCGAAACUUUUUGGCUCGCUAAAAUUAAUUAAAAUUAAUUAAGAUUACAAAAUGAAUUCAGCGUGAUGGGUAAAUGUUGGCCAAAAUAAAUUUAAAACAGUUUUUCCACAAUAAAUCAAUAUCAA